AUGAGCAUAUGGGCAGUUCAGGUUCUCGGCUAUGAGGGCAGAGACUCUCAGCCCAAAAACAUCAAGCACAGGCAGUACCAGUACAUCACGACUGUCACAGAGACACUGGUGGUGAACGAACCUACCACCACGGUGACGGUCUCUAUCGAGGCUUCCUGUGCCUCGUCGUCCAGGCCAUGGAGCUUAUCCUCGUAUCUGACCGGCACUGGUCCGGGUGGCCUCUCUUCGUCGACCUCUGCACCAUACGGUAAUGGUACUUCCUCGGCCACGUCCGCUCCAGGCACGGGAUCAGUUUCACUGUCAACCGGUGUCUCGUCGACAGCUCCGAUCUCAGCCUCCUCAUCUCAACCUACUGGUACCGGAGGUACUGGGUUACCCCCUUCCCCGUCUACCUCUGGUAUUUAUACCAACGCAUCGUCUGCCGCACCCACAUGGUCAUCAGCAACAUCCGGGGGCUACGGCACGGGCACAUCACCAUCGCUGCCGGCCUCCUCCUCUGGAGUCCCCACCAAUUCGUCAGCCACUGCUCCGGUCACGUCCUCAGGUACAGGCUCCAGCGGCACUGGCACUGGCUACCCAGGCGUUCCAAGCUCAUCCGGUGGAGUCUAUCCUAAUACCACAACGCCGCUGACAUGGCUCACGACCGGGUGGUCUGCCACUGGCUCAGCGUCUUCCGCCUCGCCCACGUCUAACACCACAAGUGCUUCUUGUGGAUACGGCGAGGACUGUGCCUCAACCAUAACGUCAACCUUGACACUGAGCUCAACAGUCACGGUCAGCCCCAACUCCACCGUCACAUCCGUUGGACCGAUUGUAGGCUCAAGUACCGGAAUCGUGUCUACUUCCAACGGCACUUAUACGUAUAGUACUACAUCUGCUCCUCUGUCGACAGGAGAUAGCACCAGUGGUAUCUCGUCCUCGGCCAGCACUAGCGGGAUUUACGGCAACUCGUCAAGCAGCACGUCAAGUGAAGUCAUCACGAGUACGGUGACCUACACGGAGACCAUCUCCACAUCAUCCAGCACGGGAGGCUACUCUUCAAGCGCCGUCACCAGUGCUGUCAGCGGUUCGAGCAGCCUCAGCUCAUCUGCGGUGAGCAACAGCACGUCAAGUGAAGUAAUUACGAGUACGGUGACCUAUACCGAGACCAUCUCCACAUCAUCUAGUUCGGGAAGCUACUCUUCAAGCGCCCUCACCAGUGCUGUCAGCGGCUCAAGCACCCUCAGCUCAUCUGGGGUGAGCAACAGCACAGCCGCGGCGACUGCGUCAUCUUCUGGUUUACCAUCGCUCAGCAGCUCGUCGUCCAGCGAUCUUACCACCCCGCCUGGAUACUCCUGGCCCACCGUGGUGCCGUCGCUCUCGACAACCCUACAGACCAAGACAUCCUUGACGUCCUCAGAAUCUAGUGCUCCGACGUGGACACCACCCACUUAUGGCGGCGGAGAUGAUUCUGACGACGACGAUGACUCAGAUGAGGGAGGCUACUCCUGGCCCUGGCCUUGGGGAUCCGGAAAGGGGAACCAUUGGAAGAAGACUAAGGCACGAUCUGUCGGGGAUCACCAAGAGCAGGAGAAUGGAAAGAGAUGGUACAUGAAUUUGUAA